UGCGGGCGCGGCGCCGGAGGCAGCUCGGCCCGGGGGGGCUGCGGCGCGGCAGGAGCGACCCCCGCGCCCCGGCGCUGCAUGCCCGCUCCGGCAGCAUGGCCCGCAGGCAGGCGCGGCCGGCGGGCGGCGGGCGCUGGCUGCCCUGGCUGGGGCUCGCCCUGCUGCCGCUGGCCGUGCCCCCCGCCGCCGCCCCCGCCGCCUGCCCCUCCGCCUGCUACUGCGUGGCCACCCCGGAGCUGGUGCAGUGCCGCUACGAGAGGCUGGAGGAGCCCCCGAGGGAGCUGCCGGCCGCCGUCCACAACCUCAGCAUCGCCGGCAGCAACCUGAGCGUCCUGUCCCGCGCCGCCUUCGCCGCCCGCCCGCUGCGCGACCUCCGCCUGCUCCGCCUGCGCCACGACAACAUCCACACCAUCGAGGACAUGGCCCUGCAGGGCCUGCCCGCGCUGCGCACCCUCGACCUGAGCCACAACCCGCUGCUCUCGGUGGCCGCCGGCGCCUUCGCCGGGGUCCCGCUGCUGCGCACGCUGCAGCUGAACCAGGCGCUGCUGGCGGCCCCGCUCGAGGAGCAGCUCGCCCUGGCCAUGCGCAACCUCAGCCUGCGGCGCCUGGAGCUGGCGGGCAACGCGCUGCAGGCGCUGCCGGCCGCCCUGCUGCCCCCCGGCCUGGAGGAGCUGGACCUGCGCAACAACUCCCUGCAGCGGCUGGCGGCCGCCGAGCUGCGCAGCCUGGACGCGCCGGAGCUGCGGGGGCUGCGCCUCAGCCUGGCCUCCAACCCGCUGAGCUGCGACUGCGGCCUGCGGCCCUUCCUGGCCUGGCUGCGCGCCGCCGCCGCCCGCGUGCUCGACGCGCGGAGCCUGCGCUGCGCGGCGCCGCCGGGGCUGCGAGGCACGGCCCUGCUGCGCCUGCGGCCCGAGGCGCUGGCCUGCGCCCUCAGCGACGGCGGCGAGCCCGCCGAGCUGGAGACGGCCUCCUACGUCUUCUUCGGCAUCGUCCUGGCGCUCAUCGGCAUCGUCUUCCUCAUGGUGCUCUACCUGAACCGCCGCGGCAUCAAGCGCUGGCUGCACAACCUGCGCGAGGCCUGCCGCGACCAGAUGGAAGGCUACCACUACCGCUACGAGCAGGACGCCGAUCCGCGCUGCGCCGGCACCCCCGGCCUCUGAGGGCACCCCCGGCUUCUGAGGGCACCUUCUGAGGGCACCCCCGGCCCCUGAGGGCAUCCCCGGCACCCGCCCUUGCCCCUGCCCGCCGAGCCGCUCCUCGAAGCCUCCGCACCCGGCCCUCGCCUCGCCCUAGCCCAUCCAUCCCCUUGCCACGGCCCCACCGCAAAUCGGGCUCCGAGGACAAGCCGGCUUCGGGGUGGGCGCUGCGGUGCACCGGCGCGGGGUGACCCUCCCUGGAAGGUUCCGGACCGGCUCUCCCUCCCCGUGCCCUCUCCG